CAUUAGUUGCUCUGUGAACAUGUUGCUCAACAUGGCGGUUAAAAUAGCACUAGCUGUGGGAUUAUUUAUCGUGUUCUGUGUGUUACCUGGUACAAAAUCAUCCCAGGUAGUUCCAGAUGGUCUGGUUUACACUGAAGUCAAGAAGACGCUGGUUCGAGGUGCACAAGGUGUUCUUACAUGUCGCUUCCAUGGAGACCCAUUGGCAGUCUACUGGAAAAGGGGCCUUGAUGAUCUAAGAACCAUGGUCUCUUGGAUUGCUGGAGAAGUAUUAGGUCCAAGAUAUGAUGAUGGAAGUUGCGACCUCGGCGAAAAUUAUUCCCUGAUCAUCAACAAUGUAUCCACGGCAGAUGCUGGACGAAUACACUGCACAGUUGUAAACUACAAGGGAGUUUUGAUUAAAAACUACACUGAUAUUUUAGUUGCAGAUACUGUAAUCACAACAAACCCACAAGUCACUCUGCAGCUGCGUCAAUCCACAUAUGGUAUCCUGCAAUGCACUGUUCACAUCAAGGCCAGAAGAGUGUCUUGGAAAAAAGGAAUUACUUCUUCAGCAAAUGGAAGUUUUGUUGUAAUUGAAAACAACCAAGGGGUUGCUGAAAGAAGUGGAGCUGGAUACGACGACGGCACGUAUAACAUUACCCAAGAUUACUCGCUGGUCAUCAAGGAGGUACAGGUCCAUCACGAAGGUCUAUAUGUUUGUGAGGUGACCGAUGAUACCGGGCUAUCCUUCCGUAAUCACACAUUUGCCAAUGUGAUUGCCCAGCCUCUGGAACCAUUUCCGACCAUCCAGGAAUGUCUGAACGCUGAACAGCAUGACUCAAACUACUGCACCCUGGUCGCCAAAUCUGGAACGACUCUAACAUGCCAAGCGGCGAAGUACUACCCCUCUAUCAAUCUUGUCUUUAUAUAUGGAUCCAGAGCACUGGAGCCAUCAGAUAAAAGAGAAUGGGAUAACAUCGACGGAACGAAAAACAAAACCAUCACCAUUGCCACCAGGGGUAACAAAGAAUUGUAUACAUGUGUGGCUUCCAGUAUUCCAGGAACUAAUGCAAAUAAAUCAACAUCUGUCCUACUCCAAGGCGACGAACCAGGGAAUUCAACAGCUCUGAUGAAUCUGAUGACAAUCUUAGGUUUGUUUGCUGCAUUGAUACUCAUCACUUCAGUGGCUUAUUUUUUUUGGAGAAGGGCACACCAUAUUGUAGAAGUAAAGGCACUUGAACAACGUGUGAAUGAUAAACUGAUGCAGCACUACAGGAUAAUAUGUAACCUUAUAGGGCCGACAUCUGCCAUCAUUCAGACUGAGAAAAUAAUCAAAGAAAACAGGACUGCUCUUUUCAAUACUCACCAAAUGAUGACCGAUGUGAGAGAACGUACUAUAUCUACAAGAGUCGAAGAAAUGAUCGACAAAGAAAAUGAGCCAGCUGAUGACUGGCCUUCUAACGAGGAACUGAAAACGAUUUCACGUCAUCUCACACAAGAAUCAAUGAAGGAAAUCUGCAAGAAACUAAACAUUGACUGCAAAAACGAUGAUGCUAAUGACGAAGGGAAACGGUUCGAACGUCUACAUAAAUGGAGAACCAAUGUGUUAAAUAAAUCUUUAGUUGAUAAAUACAGGCAACUUGCUCCAGUCUUCGAAUCAAACAACCUAGGAGGGUUGCUGCCAACUUUCAGAAGACCAUAUAUCUACAAAGCGGAGCUCGUUGAUAUGGCUUUUCAUCUGCUCAUGCAUGAUCUCUAUCCUAUAGCUAAACAGCUGGGUAUCAAUGCCACUAAACUGGUAUCAUAUCGACCCGCCUUCGAUCCUUCACACCUUGAGAUUGGAACCAUCAAGUUACUCAUUGAUCCCUUCGAACCCUUCGAAUCCACCAAGGACGAGGAUAAACGAGUAAUCUUCUCCCGUAAAAUAGCGAACCACUAUACAGAUAUCUCUAUUACAGGAAUAUUAGAGUACGACAUGAGCUAUGGGGAGUUGUGUUCUAUCUCGGAAGCAAUAAAUCAAAACCUAGAAGAACCUGCUGAUCAAGAAGCUACUUCUGGCAUGCUUCAAGGUCCAGGGAUCUCCGAAUCACUUCAAAAUGUGCUACAGCUGACUGCUCAAGACAUAGCUGAGCAUCUUGAUACCCCACACCCGUUAACAGCAUAUGCGCUGUUGAAGAUGUGGAAAGAGAAGCCACGUCCGUCGGUUUUCAACUAUCGUGCAGCCUUAGCUCAUGAAAUACGGAGAAACAUGAUGCCUGAUCUCGCCGAUGAAAUAGCUGCAGGCAAAUACAUGAAAAAGAGGACAAGUCUCGCAUUCAUUGAAGAUAUGGUUUCGGGAUUAAAUCAAGAUCAACUGAGCUACCUUGUGAAGCUACUUAAACUGAAUGGAACAGAUGGAUACUGGCCUACGAAUACACCCUCCGAAAUGAUCUCCAAGCAGAUAUAUGACUGGGUGGCAGAUUGGACAACGGAAAUGGAGAUUUAUCGGAAAUCCCGUCCCCGCAGAGAACAUGUCAAAACAGGCGAGACGUUGACUGUCCCCAGUGGCGGCGUGAUAGCACGCAUGACGAAGUCAACAAUGGAGUCCCAACUCUCUGAGUCAAAUAUGCUCCUUGAUCACAGGGAUUUUAAUGAUCGGCUCGUUGAGCAUGGUUUUCUAGAUCUCGCGCGUGAGAUUAUGAUCAUAGAGCAACGAUCGGUUGCAGGGUUGUUUUCAUAAAUAGAUCAGACUUUGCGUAUCAUUGGCAUUUUUUUGUGUGUGGACCUUCUACUAUUGUAUACCCUCCCCUAUCUAGAGCUCCUCCCCCAAGAGAUAAAGGGAAGAGUGCCCACUAUAGUAAGCUUGCCUUUUAUACGGUGAUUGGUAGGAGGGGAGAGCGUUGCUGAAUUGUCGUAUGAUAAUCAUAAGUUUAUACAUGUCAGAGGUCUCUACUCAGGUGUUUUAAUUAUACUUUUGUAAACCAUCGACAAUAUACUGCAAACCUGAGUGUAAUAGGUUACGUUCCAAACAGAAUGCUAGAAAAAUAUUGGGACUCUGUAUGUAUAUAUGAAAUACAGAAUGACAGAGAGAGAGAGAGAUAGAGGCAGAGAUAGAUAGCUUGACACUAAACAAAUAAUAUAAUGUAAGUUAUCAAUAGCAACAUGACCUUACAUUUUUGAUCUGCAAUGCGCAUUAGAUUGUUCAUUGUUAUUAGACUCUUUCUGUUAUGAGUUAACAAAUUGAAUGGUAAUAACAUUACAUUAUUAUGUUUAUCAGUAAUUAGUAGCUCCCUCCAUUUGAAGCUGUAGCAUCUAGUGAUGUGUUGUACACGUGUCUCUUUAUUUUCCUUUUUAGUUUAUUUGUUUGCGCUUUUCUUUGUAUCAGUGAAUAUCAGCCUGUGAAACUUUAAAUACAAUACACAAACUUAAUAUGUUACGUGUUUUUUAGUGAACCCAUUACAGACUUCUAUACAUGUAAUAGUUAGUUAAGUUAAGAUUAAGAUCUCAAGUCAUAGAAUGGUUGCCACUUUUAUUUUAUCAAUCUAAUUAUGCUUUUAUUGUAAUAUUUUGGUGUUCUAUGUUUGUUUUACAGUGUAAUUCCAUUUAAGUAAGGGCUCCGUCGCAUAAUUUCUCUCAUGUGCUAAAUAUAACAUAUUAUUGUGUGCAGAACAAAAAAUGAGAGUAACCAAUGAUACAUUCAUCACACUUUGGAAAAUGCUUUAGUUUUGUGAAAUUAACUUUAACAAAGGAAGAGGUCUGUAAAUAUUUGAUGUCGCUUAUAACUAUGAAUGCUAUCUGUGUCAACAGGUCCUCUUUCUCAUCACAAUCGUCAUCAAUUCGUUAUUAUGUUUGUCAGUAAUGAUGAAUUGUAUCUAUUUGUUAUUAUCCUCUGUAGCUGUAGCAUUUAGAAAUAAUAUUGUACAUAUCAUAUGUCGCCUUAUUUUCCAUUUUUGUUUAUUUGUUAACGGCAUUCUUAUUCUUUGUGAACAUCAGCCUGCGGAACUUAAAUACAAUACAUGAAUUUCUGUUAUGUGUUUUAGCGAGCCAAUUACAGACUUCUGAACAAGAAAUCAGUUGUAAAGGGUUUUGUGCGAUGGAAGGGUGAAUAUGAUAAAAUAUACCUGUAUCUAUAAAGGAAUUAUUGUUUACGAUUUAGUUCAGUUGCGAUAAUGAUCACAAGUCAUAGGCUCGUUUCCACUUUUACUGCAUCAAUCUAAUAAUGUUUUAUUGUAAUAGUUGUGUAUUCCAUAUUUGUUUACAGUGUAAUUUCAUCGAAGUACGGGCUCUGUCACAAAGCUUUCUUUUAUGUGCUAAAGAUAUCAUAUUAUUUUAUGCAUAAUACAUAAUGAGAAUAAUCAAUGAUACAUUCAUCACAAUUUUCAAAAUGCUAUAGCUUUAUGGAACUUAAGAAUUAAGAGGUUUGUCAAUAUUUGUCGUCGUUUAUAGGUAUGUGAAUAGUGUUACAGGGCCCUGCAUGUACUUAAUCAUAAUCUUCAUCAAUGAUGUCAAGACCCAUUAUCUAAACUCGCUAUCAAAUCCAAUUUCUCUGGAUGCCAAAUUUCAUCAUAAUUAUUUCAUUUUAUUUUGUUUGAUGAGGGUAUGUAUUAUUAAAGCAUUAUAACUAAAUAAUAUCGAAAACAAAUGCAUUUUUUAACAAUAUUAUUCCUGGAUCGAAGCUGACAAUGAGCUUGAAUAUAUUACCAACAGGCUUAGGAUGUAACAUUUACGUUAGAAAAAAAGCAAAUAUAUACAAACAUAUUAUAUAUUGCAGAUUUUUAAAUGUUUGGAAGCGAAUUUCCACCUUUUGUAGCUGAAAGUAUGAUACCAUUAAUAAUUAAACUUUCUAAUUUCCAAUA